AUGAUCUCUAGCAUCAGGGACCCCAUCUUUAGCUUCGCAGCAGCAUUUCUGUGGGCGGUUUUCGCAUCUUUCGCAGGAGCUGCCCAGACCGUAUGCUCGUCGCAGAAUACGGGAUCUACUCCGGCGAAAUUCGACCAGUACCAAAGCAACGGGUGGUGCUCUAACGCAUGUGGUGGCUACUCGUAUGCGAUUGUACAGGACCAUAACUGCUGGUGUUCGAAUACCGAGCCCUCUUCACAAACGUCUGUCGGGAGUUGCAAUUCAGCGUGUCCGGGCUACGGCUACGAGAACUGCGGGAAUGCUGAUGAGGGGCUUUUCGGAUAUAUUUAUUUGGGUGCUGCGAGCUCAAGUUCGAGCAUAGAUGCCAGCUCAUCAACUUCGAGUGCAAGUUCGAGUCCCAGCCUCGCCUCCAGUUCGAGCAUUACUGGAAUCUUUAGUUCAAGCUCCAGCUCAAGCUCCAGCUCAAUUUCAAGUUCAAGUUCAAGUUCAAGCUCCAGCGUGAGUUCCAGUGCAUCUUCAAGCUCGAGCUCAAAUUCCUAUCCAAGUAGCUCCAGCUCCAGUUCUACCUCUAGCACAGGCUACAGUUCAAGUUCCAGUUCGGUACCUUCAACUAGCUCGAGCUCAAGCACUACGUCCACUUCUGCUUCUACUUCCAGUUCGAGCUUUUCUAGUUCGCUCACUACAUCAAGCAGUCAGAGCGCCAGUUCCACGCUGCCUUCUUCAAGCACAACACCCCCCUCCUCGACUUCCAGUUCGUCUUCUUCUUCGACCUCCUCCUCCAGUUCCUCGUCCGCUAGCUCUUCUUCUAGCUCAUCCACCAAAGCAACGGGUUCGGAGACUUCUGGGGGUUCGGUUUCUUCCGUGAAGCUGUCAUAUCUAACUGUAACGGCGUCUCCAACUGCGGACGGAAGCUCGGGUGGGAACGUUUACACAACGGAAAUCGUCACUACGGUUAUUUCCACGCCAACCGGCCAAGUCUCUGCCGCUCCCAAUUCCAAUGGUGCUGACGCGAACAAGAAUCGUUCCAGUGGUAAGGGCUUCUGGGGAUCGCCCGGCAAGAUUGCCGGUACUUUUGUCGCAGUUGGCAUAGUGGUAUUUCUUCUUGCCCUCCUGGCCUUUGUGCUAUGGUACCGUCGCAGAAACCAUCGUGACGAAGAUUUUGAAAAGCGUUACAACGAUGUCGUGGCACCCGUUGGGAGCAACACCAGCAUUGGACCGGCUUCCUCUGCUUCUCCUAAUGGGUUCAUAUAUGCUGACGAAAAAGGCAUACAGAGAGCCCCUCCAGCGUCUUCGGAGAACAACGAAAAACGAGGGUCUCAGGAGACCAGUGUUGCGGAAAUGGAUCACGGAAGCGCCCCAGAAGAGGGUCCUGUCGUUGUUGACCAACGACUCGAUCCUCGGCAGAUGUUCAUGAUGCAAUGGGAAAAUGGUGGAAGUAAAAUGUCGCUGGCAGACGAUGUGGACUACUCGAGAAAGGUCUUACGGGUAAUGAACGAUUGA